CACCCCAUCUCGGCACGAUGAGCCCCGAGCCGGCACCCCAGCCUCCGGACCCUCAGGACGUGAGCUGCAACCUCGAGGAGCCCCCGGCUGAGCGCCUGGAGCAGGGCUCCGCGGCCUUCCUCGCGGGCGACUACGAGGAGGCGGCCGAGCUCUUCCGCUCGCUGCUGGCCGGCCUGGCGCAGCCCGAGCGUGGCCUGUGCCUGCAGCUGGGGGACGCGCUGGCCCGCGCCGGCCGCCUCCCCGAGGCCAUCGGCGCCUUCCGCGGCGCCGCACUGCUCGGUCCCCUGCGGCCCGAGGAGCUGGCGGAGCUGGCCAGCGGCCUGGCGCGCUCCCUGGGCCUGCGCGACAAACGGCCGCCUGCGUUGCUGGCGAGGCCCGGCUACGCGUCUGGGUCCCCGGUGCCCGUGGCGCCCCGCGACCUGCUGGGCUGUCCGCGCUGCGGCCGGCUGCUCUACAAGCCGGUGACGCUGGCCAGCGGCAUCACGGUGUGCAAGCGCUGCGUGGAGCUGGUCCCCGGGCGGGGGCAGGCCCGGCGCGUGAACGUGGUGCUGAGCGGGGUGCUGGAGAGAUGCUUCCCCGCCGAAUGUCGCCUGCGCAAGCUGGCGUGCCAGGCGCGGGGGCUGCAGCGCCAGCAGCAGCCCGAGACCGCGCUGCUCAGGUGCCAGCAGGCCCUGGACAUGGCCCCUGAUGAUAACUCACUACUGCUGCUGCGAGCAGAGAUAUAUCUAACCAUGAAGAACUAUGAGCAAGCCCUGUGGGAUGCUGACACAGUUUGUCAGAGGGAGCCUCUCCUGACUAAGGGGCAUCAUAUAAAAGCUCAGAUUCUUUCUGGCUUGGGAAGAAGUAAAGAAGUCUUAAAGGAGUUUAUCUACUGCCUUGCUUUAAACCCUGAAUGCAGCUCAGCAAAGAAGGAAACACAGAAGGUAAUAUGUGAGGUGUUCUUUCCAGCUUCGGAAAAUGAACAUCAGGAUUCGACAGCUCCCACUGAAAGUAGACCAGACACCCAUUGUGAUGAGGAGACGAAUCCCCAGCAUCCUCUGGAAGAAGGCAGCGACACUAAGGACACAGGCAGUCCUGAGACUCCAUCUGAGAAGUCUGAUAUAUUCAGGAAUGCCAGUUCUUCGGUUCUAUAUUUCAUUCUGGGCCUACACUGUGAAGAGGAUAAAAAGGCUUUGGAAAGCGUCAUCCCAGCAGCACCGAGUGGCACUUUAAAGAGACAACUCCCAAGUGACACCGAAGAUGAGUGUGACAGGAACACCCCUGAAAAAGUUCCCAAGAAAGAUGCGGAUUCCUCACCUCAGGGGAAGGUGAACUCUCUGGAAGAGCCAGAGUUCACGAUUGACGUGACUGACUUUGAGUGUGCUCUGUGCAUGAGGUUGCUCUUUGAACCUGUGACUACACCCUGCGGACAUACAUUCUGCCUGAAAUGCCUUGAGCGCUGCCUUGACCAUGCUCCACACUGUCCACUGUGCAAAGACAAGCUUUCCGAGUUGUUGGCAACCCGAAAUUUUAAUGUAACUGUUCUGGCUGAAGAAUUGAUAUUCCGAUACUUACCAGAGGAGCUGUCUGAUAGGAAGAGGAUUUAUGACGAAGAAAUGUCGGAACUAUCACACCUGACCAGAGACGUGCCCAUCUUUGUGUGUGCCAUGGCCUUCCCGACGGUUCCCUGCCCUCUCCAUGUCUUCGAGCCCCGCUAUCGGCUCAUGAUAAGAAGAUGCAUGGAAACUGGCACCAAGCGGUUCGGCAUGUGCCUAUCUGCCGAGAACGCCGGGAUUUCAGAAUACGGCUGCAUGCUGGAGAUAAAGGAUGUCAGAACCUUUCCCGAUGGAAGCUCCGUUGUGGAUGCAGUUGGCAUUAGCCGCUUCAAAGUCCUGAACCACCGCCACAGAGACGGUUAUAACACAGCAGACAUCGAGUACCUGGAAGAUGAGAAGGUGGAAGGCCCGGAGUAUGAAGAACUUGCCGCCCUCCACGAGUCGGUGUACCAGCAGUCCGUUUCCUGGUUCGCCUCUCUCCAGGAUCACAUGAAAAAACAAAUCCUCAGCCAUUUUGGGUCGAUGCCGGACAGGGAGCCUGAGCCGCAGAGCAAUUCCAGCGGCCCUGCCUGGUCCUGGUGGAUUCUGGCUGUGUUGCCUUUGGAGCGCAAGGCCCAGCUGGCCAUUCUCGGCAUGGCCUCCUUGAAAGAGCGUCUGCUUGCCAUCCGACGGAUACUAGUCAUCAUCACACGUAAGAUGAAUAGUCGCCAGGAGCUGGCUAACAACACAGAGAGAGAUAAUUGAUUCUCCUCUACCGUAAGGUUGCUGGAAACCCCUGUGUUUUUAUGAGUUCCAGGCAGGGACAAGUUCCCAUCGUCUUCACUGCUCUUUGUAAAAAUGCUUGUUGUCCGUAAGGUGAUAAAUGGGACAUUUGUCAAAUACCGAUUUUCUCACACGUUAGAAGUAUGGCUGUCGGACUCUGACACUGUUCAAGGUUAGCCCGAAGUUCCAGGGGAAGGGGCAGUUGGGAACCCCAUGAGAAAAAUCUCUUCGAACCAGAUGUUUCGAGAGUCCAGAUCACUACCAGCCUGGGACGCACACGUGGCUAACAUGUGACUUGCGUGUCGAACGUGAUUACAUUCCUAGUCAGCAUCUUGACAUGAUAGAUGGAAAACGUGUGUGCCAGUGGCUAGGCAGCAAGUGAGAACCACAUUCUCAAGUGGAAACAGAUCUAUUCGAAUACAAGCAAGCCCCCCCCCCCAAAAAAA